AAUUCAAAAAAAAAAGAAAAGAAGAAGAUGGAAUUAACUACAACUUCACAGUCUAUUUCCUAUGUUAAUCUCCAAAAAAUACCAUCUUUUUUCCCUUCUAGAGUUACUAUUUGUUCUUCAAAUUCAAUUAAUUUUCUUGGAUUUAAUUCCAUAACCAAAAAGCUAAAAUGUAGUUCUAGGCAAUUGAGGCAUUUUGGACCUAUCUAUGCUUCUGUGGUUGAGAGUAAUUCAACUAAUGGUUCAGUAUCAUGGGUUCUUGAAUUUAUAGGUGAUGGAGACACAAGACACAUUGGUUCUCCAACUGCAAAGCCGCGCUCUCUUGAAAUACCUUCUGGUGCAGUAAUUGUUGGACGCGUUGCUGAUAAGGCAGAUGUAGUCAUUCCAGUGCCUACAGUAUCUGCAAUACAUGCUCGGCUGCAGAACAUGGAGGACUAUCUCGUAGUGACAGAUUUAGACAGCACGAAUGGCACUUUCAUCGGUGAGAAAAGGCUUGUACCUGGUGUGGCUGCUGCUGCAUUGCCUGGAAGUCUCGUGACGUUUGGGGAUACUAAUUUGGCGAUAUUUCGAGUUGCAAAGUUUGAGAAGUUGGAAACUGCUGCAUCUGAAGUUGAAGAAGAGGAACCAAGUAGCACCUAAAAAGAGCCCAGAAUUCCAUUAUCUGCAAUAAUUUUGUAAACAGAGGAAACAUAUAUAUAUAAAUGUGAUUUUU